AUUGUCAGUCGUUCGUCGACGGUCUUCGUGUUCGUUUCGUGACUGUUUCUGUUGUUUCUCUCUUUCUCUCUCUAACGGCGCGCGCGCGCGCUCAUUCAGUCUUCUGCGGUGUCCAGCUGUUGCCUCGAGUACCUUCGAACGAAGGACCUCGCCCAUGUGUCCGUUCGAUUAAAAGUGCCAUUUUCUCAGAAAACCGACGGAGCCUGGAACCAUCAGUGCCGUUAACGACGUUGUGAGGGCUUCCAUGUCGGUGCAUAUGGAGCUCGGUCCGCGCUCCGAGCACGGCAAUGCGAGACUCUGACACUCCAUUUUUCGUGCGACAAACGGAAUAGGCGAAAGGGCGAGGAAGUGUAAGUGUAACGAACGUAGGACGAAAGUGCGAGUAGCGGAUUUCUUCUUAGAGCGCGUUUCGACCGUCGGAGGCUCGCGAAUAUAUAUCUCUCUUUUUCUCUCUUUUUUUUCUCUCUCUCUCUCUCUCUCUCUUUCUCUCUCUUUCUCCCUUCCUUCUUUCCUUCUCUCUCGCUCUCCCGAGGACGACGGCUUGUCUCUCCGAUGCCGUGCCAGAUCGAGAGAGAAUGCGGAUUCGAGCGUCGCCACGAAGGGGCAGAAUCCCGAAUCACGGACGGCGACUCGAGGAGUUCCACUAUGACUUCGGGAACGUUUCUUCGCGAAUAUCCUCGGGAUUGUCCUCGCCGUUCUGUCAAGUGUCACUGCCGCGCAUGAAAGUGCGUUCUGCUGUUCCCGGCAAGUGUCGUCGGCUACGGCGGAAUCUACCGUUUUUUUCUCGCCGCCCGCUAGUCCUAUGAAUUUUCAGUGGGGAUGAAGCGUGUGUCGCGACGGCGAGAGGAAGCGGACGCGGAGUAUUACCGAGCCCCAUCCUCGCUAAUGGAACGCCCUCGUCGAGAGUGCCACCACCUCGCGCGGGCUGGGCAGUGCGGAUUACCGAGGCGACACUUACCCCAACGUCAAAUCAACGUCCAUCGGUUCCAAGUACGCCGUCGACGGCCGUCGAACAAUGGGCUAACGAGCGGACGGCACCGAUUUGGACGGAUCGCGCAUCAUCACCGUCGUUGUCAGCAACAGCAACAAGAACGGUAUCAAUUCAAGGAGAAGCCAGAGGACCAGGUAGCCCCGUUGCUAUCCGUCUCGAGCAUCGCCGUAUCACGAAGAGGGAGGAGCUGGAGACGACGAAGAAGGUGGAGCACCGGCAACAGUGUCAGGAUCAUCGACAGCAGCAGCAACAGCGUCAGCUGGAGACACCAGUGACGCACAAUCUAGGAGCAGCAGGCCAUCUUGAACUGAGUGGUCGGCCGAUGUCGCGGAAUAAUGCGAUACCGCCGCUCUCGCGGCCUCCUUCGUUUCCGCGAACGAGCGUUGCCGCCGGUACUAAUGACGAUUGUACCGGCAGCACCGCCGAGGACGCAGAUUCGCGUCUCGUUCUCGCUGAGAGCCGCGUGCACGAUCACAGCCGACCGUUUCCACCGCCUCGGUUGCCGGUUGUGCACAUGGCGACGGUACCGUCCGUGCCGCCGCCGCCACCACCUCCGUCGCAGUCAGGUGGUGUAACGACGGCUUCGCUACCCGGGACGCCAACGUCCCACCGGGUAGCGCCUCUCACCAUGCCACUGACCCCGUUAUCGAGUUCCUUCCGGAGUAGGUCGUCCUUACGUCGCGCGCAGAAUGCGGAAACAUUAUCAGUCGACACGAAUUCCAGAAGUCUGUUGUCACCGUCGUCCGCGGACACGACGACAAUGACGACGAUGACGACGACAAUCUCGUCGUCGCCUAGGGGCGGAGAGGUGAGCCUCGCGACACCGCGACCGGACGGCGAGAGAAUUAGCAACGAGUAUGUCGAGACGCCGUUCAAGAACUCGCGCGGCAACCAGGAACGACGCCUCGACACUGAUAGCAAGGCUACCGGGGAUUGUCCGAAGAACGAGAGGCGGCAUCGUCAUCAUUCUCAUCAUCAUCAUCAUCAUCAUCAUCGGAAUCACGAGGAUGCAACGGUUGUGCCGACACAUAGAGCACGUGGUCGUGCGAGGAAUCAAGGUCUACGCGGAACACCAACCGGCGCUUCUUCCACGUCAACAAACGCAACGAUGGUGAACACUAUCACCAAACAACCGGUGUCCUUCACGAAGGAGCCGGCUAAUACUCUCGGCACGAGGUCCUACGAUCCAGCUAGUCUGUCGAUUAUAUGUGACUUUUGCGGUAGAUGUCGAUGCGAGGCGUGUCGGGAGCCGCCUCCACUGCCUAGCAAGUGGCUCUGCAACAACACGUGCCUCUGCUCGGCCGAGACCGUCCUGGAUUGCGUGUCCUGCCUGUGCUGCGUCAAAGGUUUCUUUUAUCAUUGCGUAGACGGUGGCAGCGGUGGCGGUGUCGCUACCAACAUGGACGGUGAGGUAGCGACGAGUUGCGCGGAUGAGCCGUGCUCUUGCACCGGUAACCGUACGACGUCCAAGUGGGCCUGUUUGGGCGCGCUGACGCUCGUGAUGCCCUGUUUGCUAUGUUACUGGCCCCUCAAGGGCUGCGUUAACCUCUGCGAGGCGUGCUAUGCGCGUCACGCUGCGCAGGGCUGCCGUUGCAAUCCGAGCGCGGUUAGCGGUGCCGGCGGGAGACAUCAACCCAUCGCCAGCGAUAUCGGGGAUUCGAGAGAUCCGGAGAAGAGGCUGUUGGAUCCAGUCACGCCGGAACUCUGAGCGGAACCGCGUCACCCGCCUACGUCACGUAUCGAGAACCGAAGGAGAAGAUCGGAGUUUAUCUAGGGAACUUAUAGAAUCUCGCUCUGAUGGACGUGUCGAACGGUGCGUGUGAGAUCAGAGGGAACAAACAAGUGAAAUUGCAUCAAGUACAAGAGUUGCAUUUAAGUCGAAGAGAACGAUUAUGGAUUUUGACGAACCUGUACGUUUGACGAUGCGAAUGUCUUUAUUUAUUAUUCUAUGAACGGAAAGUGUGCGUGUAUGUAAUAAUGCGAAGGUCAGAGAAUGAGAAGGAAUGUAUGUAUAUGUAUGUGUGUGCGUGUGUGUUUUUCGCGUUUGCAUGCGCGCGUUGUGUGGCAACGAUAGAGAGAGAGAAACGAGGUACGCGAAUUAGCCGUAUCGUUCAGACAUACCACUUACGUACAGAUAAGCCUAUACAUAAUGAAUGUGCAUUGUAUCACACACACGUCGAGCGAAAUUGAAAGAACGAUAAUAUACCGGGACUCGGGGAGGGGGGAGGGGGGAUUACCAACGUACACAGAAAAAAAUAAAGAAAAACUAAAAAUAUAUAUAUAUA